AUGUCGAAUGAAAUUAUGAAAAUAUUACCUGAGGAUGUGAUAAUUUAUAUACUUUUGAGAUUUUCAGUGAAAUCUCUUCUAAGAUUUAAAUUCAACUCCAAAAGUUGGUAUACUGUUAUACAAUCCUCAAGAUUUAAAAAUAUUCAUAUCAAUGACACUACAACUACAAACAAUGAAUUCAUUAUAUUUAGUCGUUCCUUCAAAGAAACUGAAGGAUUUAAAAAUGUCUUGUCUAUUAAUUCUAGCAAUGAUCACAAUGAUCUAGUUUUACUAGAUCUUGAUCUUCCAUAUCUAAACUUCACUCGUCGUUUUAAUGAACUCGUUGGCCCUUGCAAUGGUUUGAUUGUUUUGACGGAUAAUGAUGUUAUUGUCUUAUUUAAUCCAGCUACUAGAAACUAUAUGUCACUCCCACCUAGCCCUUUCGUUUGUGAAAAGGGUUUUCAUCGUAGCUUUAAAGGUGGCAUUGGAUUUGGUUUUGAUUCGAUUGGAAAUGAUUACAAAUUUGUAAGGAUUUCGGAAGUAUUUUUGGAUGCUUAUUGGGGUCCUGAGAAGCAGGAGAAAAAAGUAGAGGUUUAUGAUUUGUGCAUUGAUUCAUGGAGAGAUGUGAAUCCUGAUAUGGAUCAACAAUUGCCUAGUGUGUUUAGUAAUCCAUCUUUCGAGAUACUUCAUCAUGGAACAUUUCAUUGGUAUGCAAAAACAGAUCGAAUAUAUGUAAUUCUAUGCUUUGAUAUUAGUACUGAGAUUUUUCACAAUAUGAAUAUGCCUGAUGCUUGUAAUGUCUUUGAUGGUAAGUGUUAUAGCCUCACAGUCUUGAAUGAGUUGCUAACCUUGAUUUGUUAUCCCCCUCCAAAUAGCAAUAAUGAUCUCACUCAGCAUACCAUGGACAUCUGGAUAAUGAUGGAGAAUAAUGUACACGAGUCUUGGACUAAAAUGUAUAUGAUUAAACCUUUUCCUUUUGAAUUCCCAUUAACAACUUGGAGGGAUCAUUUAUUGCUUCUUCAAAGUAAAAGUGGACUUCCAAUGAAGUCAAGAAAUUCGACUUACAUGCUUAUCCAAAAAGUUUGAGAGUCAUAGUUUUCAAGGAAAGUUUGAUUUCUAUUCCAAAAAGAGGA